GGGAAUCAGAAGAACUGAGGAACUUGCUUCUGAACCCACAUCUCAGGCAGCUGCUGCUGACGGUCGACCAAGCAGAAGACAAAAGUUCCCUGAUGAAGAAGUACAUGCAGGAGCCGCUGUUUGUUGAGUUUGCAGACUGCUGUUUGAGAAUCGUCGAACCCCCGGAGAAGGAGAACGUUCUUCCCCAGUGA